UACAAAAUUCGUGAUGAGCAACAACUGAUUUAAUUUCAGUUUAAAGAAAAUGUUUACGAUGGAAUGUUGGAAAAAAAUUUUCACAUCUCAAUGAGAGGACGAAAGAAAAUGUCACUUCUUUUAAUAAUAUUUGUAAAAUAAUAAAUUUUACACACGCUGCUUUCAAUAAUUUUUGAAAUUAAAAAAAAAAAUGCCAAGAAAGGAUAAAGCCGGAUUCUUGAUACAAUACAUUGUUGCAAUAGUGGCUUCAAUCACAUCAGCCGGCUAUGGUUCAAUGAAUUCCUGGACAUCGCCUGCACUACCAUUUUUAAAAUCAGGCAAAUCAAAUUUAUCCUUAAACAAUGAAGAAAUCACGUGGAUUGCUCCACUACUCCCAAUAGGAAUAAUUAUUGGCAAUCUAUUAAAUCCAAUUUUCAUCGAUCGUCUAGGUCGCAAGUGGACUUUAUUAUUAUUCGCCCUACCACAAAUAUCAUCAUGGCUUCUAAUUUUAUUAGCAAAAGACACAAAGACAAUAUGCUAUGGACGUAUUUUAGGUGGAAUUGGCUAUGGCGGUGGUAUUUGUGCGACAAUUAUUUACCUCUCCGAAAUUGGAACAAGUAAAAAUCGCGGUAUUUUUUUAACCCUCAUUAAAGUCUCUUCAAGUUUUGGAAUUUUCUUCACCAUUUUCUUAGGUGCAAUCUCAUCCUACUUCAAUAUGAAUUUAUGUCUUCUUUUGAUGUCAAUUUUAUUUGUCAUUCUAUUUCCAUUUAUGCCCGAUUCAUCGUAUUUUUAUAAAAAAAAUCAUCGUCACAGUGAAGAAAAGAAGAUGAUGCAUUAUUCAUUACUUCAAUUGAACGAUGAAGUGAAUGGAAAAAAAUGUCAAUCCAAACCAACGAAUUUUAUGAUUUUAAGUGAAAAAAUUUUUUCUCAGGGGGAGAAAAAUUGUUUUCUGGGGGGGAAUUUAAAAGAAGAUUAUGAAGAAGGCUAUAAAGAAAUUUAUAAAGAAAAUUUUAAAGAAGAUAUUAAGGAGGUUUACAAAGAAGAUUUAAAAGAAGAUUAUAAAGAAGACUAUAAAAAUAAAGAAGAAUAUAAAAAAAAUUUUAAAGAAGACAACAAUAAACGAAAUAACAGAGAUAAAGAAGACAAUGAAACAUUUUGCAAACAAGAUGAUGAAAAAUCUUGUAAAACAGAAGACAAUCAAAGAUUUAAUAAAAAAGAAGAUAAUAAAUUUUUUAAAAAUGAAGAUAAUGAAGGAACAUCAAAAAAAGAAGUUAGCGUAAUAAUUCCAAAAAAUAAAAAUAACACAAAAAUUUUCGAAAAUGAAGAUAAAAAACCAAUUUUAAAAGAAGAAAACUCCCAGAAAUCUGCUGAAAACGAAGACAACAAAUUUUAUGAAAAAGAAGAAUAUAAAAAAUUGACCAAAAAACAAGAAUACCAAUCAAAACAAGUUUCUAGAAAAAUUACUAAAAAAGAAGAUAAUGAGGAACAUCUGAAGAAAGAAGAUUAUCGAAAUUCUCUCAAAAAAGAAGAUAACGAAAGAUUUCUUAAAAAAGAAGACUGUCAAUUAUUUGAUAAAAAAGAAAUAAAUCGAAAAUUUCAUAAAACAGAAGAUAGCAGAUUUUUCAAAAGAGAAGAUAGAGAAAAAAUUACAAUUGAAAAAGAAGAUUAUCAGAAAUUUGUCCUGAAAGAAAAAAAUAAAUUUUCUGAAGAUGAAGAAGAAUAUCAAAAAUCUAAUAAAAAAGUAAAAAAAGAAGACAGUCAAUCGAAAAAAGAAGAUAAUGAGGAAUUUUUUAAAAAUGAAGAUAAUGAAAGUUCAUGCAAAUCAGAAGAUAGGAAAAGAAUUUAUAAAAAAGAAGAUAAUGAAAAAAAUGCUAAAACAGAAGAUAAUAAAAUUUUCAAAAAGGAAAAUAACGAAAAAAUUCCAAAAAUAGAAGACUUUCAAAAAUCAGCUAAAAUAGAAGAUAAAUUUUUCAAAUAUGAAAAUUCUAAUGAAAAAGUAGAUAAUAAAGUAAAAAACGAAGAAGACAAUGAAUUGAAAAAAGAAGAUAAUGAGAGAUUUCCAAAAAAAGAAAAUAUUGAGGACUUCUUUAAAAUAGAAGAUAAUGGAAAUUUGUGCAAAAAAGAAGGUAACAAAGAAAAUUCUAGAAAAGAAGAAUAUCAAAAAUUUAUCCAAAAAGAAGAAAAUUACGAAACUGCAAAAAAAGAAGAUACCAAUAAAUUUUCCACAAAUGAAGAAAAUGCCAACGAAUUGAAAAAAGCAGACAGUCAAAAAUCGGGAAUAAAAGAAGAGAGAAACGAGAGAAUUUCAAUAAAAGAAGAUAAUAAAUUUUCUCAAAACGAAAACAAUAAAAAGUCGACCGAAAAAGAAGAAAGCACAUUUCAGAAAAAAGAAGAGAAGAAAAUUUAUCAAAACAAAAAUACUCACGACAAAAAUAUCACAGAAAAAUCAAAGUGUAUUUUUUCAAUAGAAAAUUUAGAAAAUAGUAAAAAAUGGAAAAAUUCCAAUUUUUGGCAAUUAUUAUCAGUUCGCAGUAAUUUACGUGGUCUAUUUAUAAUUUUCACAGUAACAACACUCGAUUGCCUAUCGGGACAUCCGGUCCUAAUAUAUUUCUCCCAAGAAAUAUUAACAUACGACGGUUCAUUAUUGUCGGCAAAUAAUGGUGCAUUAAUAUUUGCAACAAUCAAAUUUCUCGCCUCAAUGAUAGCUACGCAAUUAAUUGAGAGAUUUAAACGUAAAACAAUACUUCUUGUCACUGGAAUUUUAACAGCAAUUAUGCAGGGAAUUUUGGCAAUAUUUUUCUAUUUAAAAAUUAAUGGUCAAUUAAAUAUUUCCUCAAUUUUGGGAUUAUUGCCGUAUUUUGCAUUUUUAAUAUUCGAAAUGGCAAGUACAAUUGGAGCGAGUAAUUUGUAUUAUAUUUAUCAGGGUGAAUUUUUCUCAAAUAACGUGAAAGGAUUGGCAGUGACAGUGGCGAAAAUUUAUCAUAUGUUUGUGAUAUUUUUGACAAUUUUAGUUUAUCAGUUUUUAGUUAAGAAUUUUUCGAAUUAUGUGAUAUUUGCUAUUUUUUGUAUUUGUUGUGUAAUUUUUACUUGUCUUUGUAUUUAUAUUAUUCCUGAAACUAAGGGCAAAAGUCUUGAAGAAAUACAAAUUAUUUUAAGACCCUCAAUCACAUCAGCCGGCUACGGAUCAAUAAUGUCCUGGACAUCGCCAGCUCUAACUUAUCUAAAAAGUACAAAAUCCGAAAUUCCCAUCACUAAGGAACAAACAUCAUUGAUUGCACCACUUCUACCAAUAGGUUUGAUUAUCGGAAAUUUUCUAAAUCCAAUUUUUAUCAAUCGAAUUGGUCGUAAAUGGACACUAAUGCUAUUUGCCCUACCGCAAAUAAUCUCAUGGCUCAUUAUUUAUUUCACGAAAAAUUACAAUGACAUUUAUAUUGCAAGAAUAAUGGGCGGUAUUGGUUACGGUGGUGGUGUUUGUGCCGUUACUGUUUAUUUAUCCGAAAUUGGAACACCAAAAAAUCGAGGAAUAUUUUUAACAAUGGUCAAAUUCUCUCUGAGUUUAGGAAUAUUUUUCACCUUACUAUUGGGUGCAACAGUAAAUUAUAAUUACAUGAAUCUUGGUCAUUUAAUAAUGCCAAUUAUUUUUCUUCUCAUAUUCUUUUUUUUACCCGAUUCAUCAUAUUUUUUGGAAAAAAAUCAAAAUUCCAUUACCAACGAUAAUUCUUCUUCAAUUAUUGAAAAAACUUGUCACGAGAAUGAAAUUCUUUUAAAUGAUAAUAAUUCUCAAUUAUUGCAAAAUAAUUGUUCAAUUGUCCAAAAACAAGAGAAAGAAAAUAAUUUUCCGAAUGAUAAUAAUUUUUUCCAUAAAAAUCACGAUCGUGAUCAAAAGGAUAAUUUUCUGCUAAAAGAAAAUUUCACCAAAAAUACAAAUUUAGAGGUGAAAAAGACAUUAAUUUCAAAUCUAAAGGAAUCGAAUUGUUGGAAAAUGUUCACGACAAGAAACAAUAUAAGGGCAUUGACAAUAAUUGUCUGUAUUGUUGCGCAGGAUUCACUAUCAGGACACAUGACAUUAACAUAUUUUUCCGAACAAAUGUUAAGUUACAAGGGUUCUCUAUUGACAGCGAAACAAGGGGCAUUAUUUUUAUCGCUAAUGAAAUUAUUUUCCUGUAUUGUUGCGACACAAGUAAUCGAGAGAUUAAAAAGAAGAACACUCUAUUUCACCACCGGUAUAUUGUCAUCACUCUCUCAGGGUAUAAUUGGAAUAUUUUUUCUCAUGGAGGAAAAAAAAUUUAAUGUCACAUCAUUUUCAUUUAUACCAUUUGUGGGUUUAAUUAUUUACGAAUUUUCCGUCUCAAUGGGAACGAGUAAUUUAUUUUACGUUCUACAGGGUGAAUUAUUCACUAAUGAUGUGAAAGGACUGGCCGUGACAUUUGCAAAAAAUAUGUACAUGGUUUUUGGUUUCAUUUCAAUAAUUAUGUAUCAAGUGUUAAUUGAAAAUUUUAGUGCCUACGUGUUAUUUUUUAUAUUUUGUAUAUGUGGUACUAUUCUUUGUUUUGUCACUGUUUUUUUAUUGCCCGAAACAAAGGGAAAGAGUAUUGAAGAAAUUCAAAUAUUGUUAAAAAAAUGUUGAUUAUUAAUUUUUAUAAUAAAUUAUUAGCUUUGUUUUUUUGAGUAAUUUUUAGAUAUUUUUUAAAAUAAAUUUUUAGUUAUUAGGAAACUCAAAUUAAAACUCUGGUUCACUGUGGAUAGGGUGGUUCUAAAUUGUAAACCACGCCCAGAAGGUAUGGCUUGAGUUCAAUAGAGGCGUGUUUUAUUUUUAAAAAGACUGGAAAUAUUCAUCAAAAAGUGGCUUUUUUGGAACAAAAUCGGUAAAACGCUAAUGAAGAAAGCGAUAGCCCCGCCUAUUAGGGGCGGGACUUACUCCUUGGAAGACAUGCCCCUUUUUCAAUACUAAUAAAAGCCACGCCCAUUAGGGGCGGGACUUACUCCUUGGAAGACAUGCCCCCUUGUUUCAAUACUAAUAAAAGCCACGCCCAUUAGACGAGAAUUGUUUCUUCUUUCCUGAAAGCAAAACCAAUAAAAAUACACAAUUACUGUAGACCUCUUCCACUUUUAUUGGAAGCCGGAAAUAUUUCUUAAUAGGCGGGUAAUUCUUUAGAGAAAAUACCAGAAAGAAAUCUACGCCCAUUAGGGGCGUGUCCUCCAUUUAAAAAAGGCAUGAAGUAUUUUUUCGAAGGCGUGGCUUCUUUAGAUUAGAGGAGGACUUCAAAUUUUCCCAAUUUAGAAUAUCUUUGGAACAGUAAAAAACAAACCACGCCCAAAAAUGUAUAAACCAUAUGGAAUUAGUGACAUACUUCUAAUGUAAAAGUCACGCCUUUUUUUAUUAUAUAUAUUUUGUAAAAAAAGAGAAAACUAGUUACUGCCUAUAGUUAAUCGAUCAUUAAUGUAAAAACCCCCUUAAAUUAAGUGGGUUUCUCGAAAGGCUAUCUAUACUUAAACCACGCCCACUAGAGGCUUAUUCUACCAGCUUAGUUAAAAUUUAGUUUCGUAUUUUUUUUGUAGGUGGGGCUUAAAAAUUUGACACGCCUAAAAUUGGGUACGAUUAAGAUAGAAAUUAGUCAAUAAUUUUAAAACUGUUUACCAACGCCCUCAUACUAAUAAUAUUCUCAAUAGGAAGCAUAGGAGGAGUUUUUAAAAUGAGGGCGUGGUUACUGUAAGCCAAACCUCCAAAAACGACUUUUCUUUUUAUUUCAAAUUGAGCUCUAUAUUUAAUUCUGCAUAACUAUUCUCACCAAAAUAAUAAUUUUUCACUAUAUGAGAAUGUUAAAUUAAUGUAUACUUUUUAUUAAACGAUUUUAAACUGUUAUUAUGAAAUGUUAUUGUUAAAUUUUAAAUCUUAUUAUAAAGUGUAAAAUGUUAUUGCAAACUAUAAAAUUUUAUUGCAAAAUGUUAUUGCAACAUUAUAUGUUAUUAAACAAUGCUUGAAUAUUAUUAACAAACAACUAAUAGUUAAUAAAUAUUAUUAACAA